AUGCCCCGUCCGAAACGUAACAUCCUCGCCACCGUCCAAGACACCCUCACCCCUCCCGACGAAUUAUCCGAGUCCCAAGCCAUCGCCCGCGUCUCCAAAGCCGCCGGAAAGAACCUGUACAUCGCUGAGCUGCCAGGUGGGAAGUCAAUUCUCGUGGAACUUGUUGCGAAGUUUCGCUCCACGAUAUGGAUUAAGCGCGGAGGCUAUGUGGUCGUAGAUGUGAAGGCGCUUGCGGAUCGAGAGAACAAAUUGGACGGCGAGAUUGUCAACGUGGUGCGAGAGGAGAAGGAAUGGCGUAAGAUGAGUUAUUGGCCGAAGGAAUUCGAGAAGAAGCAGACGUACGUCGAUAGCGACGAGGAAGAGUCCACUGUCGGCAAGAUGCCACCUUCAGAUUCGGAAGAGGAUUGA